AUGGUAAUACCAGUUCAAGAGGUUGGGAGGGUGUACAGACAGGGUGAUGGGGGGGGGGAGCAUAUUAACGGUUCGCCUAAUCGGGCUAGCUCCCAGGGCGAGUGCCUACAAAGGCCCAGCAGCAUACCCUCUCUACGUACAAAGCCAUCGAUAUCAGUGCUACUUACCACUGGCGCAACUCAUUUCUCAUUCAUCUCCGCGAGCAAGAUGGCGAACAAGGACAAGUCCGGCAAAGACCAGGCGGUGGUGCUGCGCAAGUUUGGCAUCAACGAGACAUACCAACUAGCUAUGUACCUACUAGACCAGUAUCGUAGCACUGUUCUCUCAUGUCGCUAUGUGCUGCCGCCACGUCUGGCCGCAGAGUCCCGCUCCCAAAUUGAGAAGGUCAUCAAGGCUGCCGUCGUGGAUACCGUCUUGAGGCAUCCCAUGAUGCAGGUCGGCAUGAUUGACGGCACCUCCAAGACUCCGUCGUGGAUUCAGCUGCCGAGUCUCGACCUGGCCCAACUGAUCCACUGGGUUUAUCUGGACGGAGCAACAGACGGAAAGGAUUUUGACCAGACAGUCCAAGACACCUUUGGCCUUCAACUUGACGAACGGUUCCCGGACCUCGACACGUGGGCCACGCUGCCCGGCUGGAAGCUCACCAUCAUCCGCCAAGCCGAUGCUCCAACCUUGGAGGUCAUGCUCGCAUUCAACCACCCGCAGUUCGAUGGUGCAGGCGCCAAGGUCUGGCACGAAGACUUCUUCGAUGCCCUCAAUGCCGCAAGCGCUAACAAAGGUACAUACGAGCGGGUGGGCCUGGAUGGCGAUAUCCUCACGCUACCGGACGAGCCCCCCAUGCUCCCAGCCCCGCUCGAGACCUUGCGGAGUCUCCCACUGGACCCGAAGUUCUUCAUCAAAUCCCUUUGGGAGGAGUUCCGGCCUCAAUUCCUCAAUCGAUUCAGUCGCGAUGCCACACUAGCGUCGUGGUGCCCGAUUCGAGACACACCCUACAAGACCCAGUUCCGGGCUUUCUUCCUCGAUAACGCUUCACUAUCUGCGCUUCUAGCCGUGUGCCGUAAAAACAAGACUACAAUCACCGGUCUGCUGCAGGGGUUAUCCCUCGUGGCGUUUUCGUUGCGCCUCGACGCCAAAAGCGCCCCAGGCUUCCAGAGCUCCACCGUCGUCGACCACCGCCGGAAUCUCCCAGACGCCCCACCAAACGCUCCAUGGGGGUCCUCGUCCAAAGCCGUCGGAAAUUUUGUGACCCAGCUCCUGCAUCGAUUCGAGACCGAGGCAGUGUCGCGCAUCCGCUCCAAGCUGCCCCCAGCAUGUGACGGCAGCACGUCGAUUGACCUCUCCGCCGAGCUCCAGGACGAGCUGUGGGCGGUGUGCGCGCAGAACCGACGCGAGAUAGCCGCAAAGGUGCAGGACGGGCUGCGCAACGACGUCGUGGGCCUGUUCCAGUACGUGACGGACUGGAAGAAGACGAUGAGCGACAUGGCCAGCCGGACGCGCCAAUUCUCGUGGCUGGUGACCAACGUCGGCGUGCUGGACGGAGCGGCAUCCCCCGAACACGCAGCGCCCGACGACGAAGGCUGGAGAUGGUCCAUGGAGCGCGCGCAGUUUGGCCUCAGUGCCGAGAUUCCCGCUGCCGCUAUUGAGAUUUCGCCCGUUAGUGUAAAGGGCAAAGGCAUGUGCGUCGGCGCGGAUUGGCCGGAUAAUGCUGUCGACGCCGCGUUUGGGCUGCGCAUUAUGGAGGACCUUGAACGGUGGAUGCGUCAGCUCGCUGCUUUGCCAUUGUAGUAAUCACUACAACGCCGCUGCAAUUCAAUUCAUCCAUCACCAACUUCCCCCCAAAUCCCCUCAUCACCAUCACGUCAGUCGUCGUACAAACAAAUUCCAUUUUCCUCACCGCCGGUCAUUGAAAUUAGGUUUCUCUUGACCUUUCCCCAAGCUUUCGUGUAUGCGCGCAUGUGCGCCGCGUGCACCGCUGAUCAGUCGUCUCACAUCUAUACGUGCCGCAAAGUCGGCCGACGGGCCCGUAGGAUGCUCAUGUCUCACCGUCCCUCUCUCUAUCUUUGUCCUUUUCUCGCUCUGCACUACCUUGCUUACCAUGUACAACGUUCCUCCACCUCGUCAUACACACUCAUCUCACCCAAACAACUCCUCUCGCCACACUCAAGCAUCUCCCCAUCCAUCCAUCCAUCAAUCACUCGAUGACAUGACAUGACACGCCACGCAAGGCCCCCGACUCACCCCAGCGUGCAGGGUCCAUCCCAUCCCAUGUGCUUACGUGCAUAUCAUAUAAUCCCUUACCCUUGCCCCUUACCCUGACCCAUGCUCGUCCCUUUCCCCCCCCCCCCCGGCCCCUGUCCGUCCCUUUCCACCCCUGCGCAAGCUCCGCGCACCCGUAUAUUAAAGUUAUACUUUUUUCCUUUCCUUCGCUUAACCUUUUUUAUUUUUCGGUCUCCGAAGGGGGGAUAUACGAAUGUGGGUUAACCGUUACGAGCACUCGCGUGGAUUGAUGAUGAGCAGGGAUCUUGCAAACUUGAUAAGGCUUCAGCUUUGAUGAGUGAUGAAAGAAGGACUAGACGGGAUCGAUCGGGGUAAAAAAAAAUUGUAUUAAAUAGGUAGAUGAAAUAUUUGAAAGAAUCAGGAACUUGC